AUGGAUUUCAGACCCAUUUCAUGUUGUAAUGUUGUAUACAAAGUAAUUGCUAAGAUUUUAGCAAACAGAAUCAGCCCAAUACUUGAAGAUAUUGUUAAUGUUUCCCAGUCAGCUUUUGUGAAACAGAGAUAUAUGGUUGAAAACAUCUAUUUAGUGCAAGAAUUGGGUCUGAAUGAUGGUAAAAGCUUCAAUUUUCACCCCGGAUGUGGAGAGCUGAAAAUCACACAUCUUGCAUUCGCAGAUGAUCUCAUCCUAUUUUCCAGAGGUGAUUAUGGUUCAGUUAAGAAACUGGUGGAUGGCCUGAAUAGUUUUUCUAAGUGUUCAGGGCUGAAGGCUAAUCCUCUGAAGUCAACCCUAUAUUUAGCAGGGCUGAGUUCCUUUGAUCUUGAAAAUAUUAAAGACCUCACUGGCUUUCAGGAAGGUUUCUUUCCAUUCAAAUACCUGGAGAUUCCAUUGGCAUCCACAAGGCUCAAUGUGACACAUUAUGCCCUUUUGGUUUCCAGAAUUGGUAACACCAUUGACUCAUGGCCAAUUAAAACUCUGUCGUAUGCUGGGAAACUGGAGCUGAUUAAUUCAGUAGUGCAAGGCUGGAGUUACUACAGUUUUGAUUCUGUUGUUCUAAUAAGAUUCUGUUGGAUCAGUUUUGAAGCAAUAUCACUGCUGCAGUUAUCUGGAUUUGGUCAGUCUCAGCUUGGAUGGCUUCAGUUUCAGUUUUGUUGGCAGUUUUGGCUGAAGUGUUGUUCUUUGUUGGAGUGA